AUGUCGACAAGCGAACGGCCACAACUGAAAAUUUUUCGAAAUAUUUGGGGCGCCGAAGCGCAAUUCUCCUCAGAUAUCAAUCUUCUAUUUAGCGAACUUCAUCAUCGCGGCUUCGAUGGAAUUGAAACGUCAUUGAACGAAAUUCUUCGUCUAUCUCAUAAUAAUGACGAAUUUUUCAAAGAAACAUUAGCGAAACACCAACUUGACUUGAUCGGGAUUUGUUAUACGAACUGGGCAGAUUUCAUUCCGGGCUCUUGGCAAGAUUUAACUGUGGAACAGCAUCUGAAAAAUCUAGAAAGGGAAUUAGAACAAAUGGUUAAAUAUAAUCCAAUUCAUAUUAAUAUCCAUAGUGGACAAGAUAAUUGGACAAUAGAACAACAUGAAGAAUUUUUCGAACGAGCAUUACUUUUACAAGCUAAAUAUCCGAAUGUAUCAUCAUCGCAUGAGACACAUCGUGGUCGUUCGUUGUUCAAUCCAACGAUUACAUUACACAUGAUCACACGUUUUCCUAAUCUUCGUUUAACUGCCGAUUUCUCGCAUUGGUUAAUUGUAUGUGAACGUUUACUCAAUCAUCCAUCGGAUCUUGAACGUCUACGUCGAAUUAUUCCGCAUGUAGAUCAUAUUCAUGCACGUGUAGGCACUGUUCAACAUGCACAAGUGACCGAUCCGUUGGUUGACGCACCCGUCGAAACACAUUUGAUGCAAACUUGGUGGCAAAUGAUUUGGGAUGAACAGAUGAAACAAGGCAAAACACGGAUUACUUUAACACCUGAAUACGGGCCGAAACCUUAUGCAAUUUCGGAUGAUGUCGAUGUUUGGACAUUAACUAUACGAGAAAUGGAACGACAACGAAAGAACUAUCAACACUGGAUUGAACAAAAAGAUUAUUCCCCAUGA